AUGGCAGACGAUGGCAUGUUUCUCAACUUCGCGGUCGACACAGACGUCAAUGCCAGCGCGCAGAAGUUCAAAGGUGGGUCGUGGAGAGACCGGCUCAAGGCGAAGAGGACUGCGCACCGAGUCCGCUCAGGGAGACCAGGUGAUGCGAACAGUGUCCCCAUACACCAACGGCGCCCGGAAACCUCCUCUACUCAGUCAAAGGCUCGGGCCGAUGAGUUCCUAGACACUCGUCCAGUCAAGCGGAGGCGUGAAAACGGAUAUGUGCCCGGUGGCACAGAGGUCGCAGGCAAUGCACAGAGACGCAGUGAGCAGAGGCCCACCGGCCCGCGGGAAGUCAUCUCCUCGCUGUUCACAUCCAAUCCGAAGCCUUCGACCACCGUGGAGGAGCCCAGAGAUGGGCAGGGAGAGGAACAACAGCCUGUGCCGUCCAAUGCGCCUCUCGUCGACGGCAUCGACACCUUCACCUCCCUCGGCCUCUCCCCAACCAUUGCCGCCCACCUCUUGACGAAAAUGAACCUUAAGAACCCUACUGCGAUCCAGAAAGCAGCGGUGUCGCAGAUGCUGAAGGAAGACAACGAUGCUUUCAUACAGUCCGAAACUGGCUCCGGAAAGACCCUAGCAUAUCUCCUACCCAUCGUCCAAAGAAUUGUUACACUGUCCGAGCAGCGCAAGAUGCAACAGAAUACAGUCCAAGAUACAUCGUUACACCGAGACUCUGGUCUGUUUGCCAUCGUACUAGCGCCUACGCGCGAACUGUGCAAGCAGAUAUCUGUGGUUCUCGAGCGCUUGCUGGGCUGUGUACAUUAUGUCGUGGCCGGCACGGUUAUCGGCGGCGAAAAGAAAAAGUCGGAAAAGGCCCGACUGCGCAAGGGGUUGAAUAUCUUGGUUGCCACUCCCGGACGGCUGGUGGAUCACCUUGACAAUACCAAGGUCCUCGACGUGAGCAAUGUCCGCUACCUCGUACUCGACGAGGGCGACCGGUUGAUGGACCUCGGAUUCGAAGAAGAUAUCACGAAGAUUGUCAAAACAUUGGAUGAAAGGAAGAGGAGAAGCAGCAGACCAGGGCUUCCCGAGAAUCGGAUGACCGUGCUCUGUUCCGCGACUUUGAAGAUGAACGUUCAGAAACUGGGCGAGAUAAGCCUCAAAAAUGCUGUUCUGAUCAGAGGCGACCCAGGAAGCGCCGAUGACCAGGACACGGGCACUCACAACGAUGGGACCGACUCAGCUUUCCUUGCUCCUGCUCAGUUGAAGCAAACUUACCUGGUCGUCGCAUCCAAGUUGCGCUUGGUGACUCUCACGGCAUUGCUGAAGCGGACAUUCGCACGGAAAGGGUCCGUCAUGAAAGCUAUCGUCUUUGUUUCCUGCGCGGACUCGGUCGAGUUUCACUAUAAAGUACUCACAAGAGCCUCGGAGGAAGAGAAAGACCAAAACAAGGAAGCGAUUACUCAUAAUGGUGCGUUGUCAGAGUCUGAUUCUUCGGAACCUGUCAAAGAGGGCAAACCGUCGUCGACUGCUGCUGCCACCGCCAACGAGUCAGACUCGAUAUCUCCGUCUCCGAUCCUCUCCUCGGCCAAAAACCAUGUCACAGUGUACAAGUUGCACGGCUCACUGCCCCAAGCCACCCGAACCAACAUCGUCAAACACUUCGCUCAGACCACGACACCCUCUCUCCUGAUUGCCACGGACGUGGCUUCACGUGGCCUCGACCUGCCCAAUCUUGAGCUGGUGAUAGAAUACGAUCCGGCAUUUAGCUCCGACGACCACCUGCACCGCAUUGGCCGGACAGCCCGUCUCGGCCGCGACGGGCGGGCCAUCAUAUUCCUCCUCCCGGGCAAGGAAGAGGGCUAUGUCGAGGUUCUGAAGAGCUCCUACAAGCGAUCCUCCUCGUCCGAGAACGCCGAUACAGCACGCAACGUCACCGCCUCGUCUGCAGAAGAGGUGAUGAAGAAAGGCUUCUCCCCGUUGACCGGCAAUGGUGCAGCAGACAGUCAGAGUCAGAACUGGGAGGCCCGCGCCACCGAGUUCCAGCUGGACGUCGAACGCUGGGUGUUGGCGAGCCCCGCCACCAAGGAGCUAGCGAAGCGUGCAUUCCAGAGCCAUGUGCGUGCGUACGCAACCCACGUCGCUGCGGAGAGGAAGUGGUUCGACAUCAAGGACCUGCAUCUAGGCCACUUGGCCAAAAGCUUCGGUCUGCGAGAUCCACCGGGUCGCGUUAAUGUCGUGGGCCAGGGCCGUGGCCGUAAAGGCCCAGCAGGGCAGGCCGACAAGCGCCGAAGGUCCAGCGAUGCGGGUGGCAAGAGCCGUGAGGUCGAGCUGGACGGCAACGGCAACGGUAAUGGCGAUGUCGACGAGGCGGCGCGGAAGAUGCGGGAGAAGAUCCGCAAGAAUAACAAGAUGAUGAUGGGCGGUGGAGCGGAUGAGUUCAAUAUCGCUUGA